AUGACCCGGCCGACGAAGAGGUCGUGGCCUUCUUGGCUGGCCACGGUGCCUCGCCUCUGGCAUCGAUCAUAUGCCUUGGACUAUCUCGGAUUCAUUCUGCUGGUCCUGGCACUAUUUUCGAUUCGUUCAUUCCUGGAGCCUGUGCAACAAAUGUUUCGACUCGACAACCGAGCUAUUCAAUAUCCAUUCGCCAGCGUCCAACGCGUGACUUCGAAAGAGAACACCCUGCUCGCUGGCGUAGUGCCGUUGGUGCUCUUGGUUCUUUGGGCGGCUGUGGCAAGACCCGGCGUCCACAAGGCCCAUGUCACGAUGGUGGGCCUGUUCUGGAGCGUGUACCUUACCGUGCUUAUUACGGACAUCAUCAAAAAUGCUAUAGGUCGCCCUCGCCCGGACCUGAUAGCUCGAUGUCAGCCGAAGACAGGAACGCCGACCGACGUUUUAGUCACCAUGGCUGUCUGCACGCAGCCCGAUCUUGAGCUUUUGCUAGAUGGCUGGCGUAGUUUUCCGAGCGCGCACAGCAGCUGGGCGUUUUCGGGCCUGGGGUAUUUCAGCUUUUUUUUGGCAGGCCAGAGGCACAUCUUUCGACCACGGCCCGAUCUCGCGAGUAUUCUCAUUUUUCUGGCCCCCCUGAUUUGCGCAUCUCUCGUGGCCAUGUCCCGGCUGGCAGACUAUCGACAUGACGUGUACGAUGUGUCGUGCGGCAGUUUUCUGGGCUUGGUCGUCGCAUAUACAACAUAUCGCCGAGAUUAUCCACUGCUCACACAUCCAGAGUGUGAUGUGCCGUACCCAAGGCAGACCGAGUACUCGUUGGUCGGAGAAACGACAUCUCAGGUUGAGGCUCUAGAGCCGGAAAUUGCGUUGGAAGGCUCGGAAGACAUCGAGAUGUUUGAGACAUCCCACCUCAACGAUGAUUUUGCAAGUGAUUGUGAUGAUAUGGAACUUGGUCACACGAGCGACCGUAUCUCAAAGAAUGAUGCGAUGCGCACAGAGAGCGGUCCAUCAAAACGCCCCUUAAAGCUCUUGAUCCCUAAGCAUUCGUCUAGCCCAAAGCGACUUUCGAAGAAGAAGAUUUGGAGCCCCCGUCAUGUAGUCUCGAGGUUACGAAGAGUUAUCAUCCGACGUUCGCACGGUAUAUCUCUACCCAAAGUGGCCUUGAUGCUAUUGGGAGUACUGCAAGCGCUCUCAACCCUCAACAGCCUUCUCGGGGCGGCAUUUCCGGACGGCCUGGAUCUGAUCUCAGGGCCUUUAAAAGCGCCGUUCGGACUGGACGACGGCGGCUUGGACCGCCUCACUGCCGGGGUUCAGCCCAUCAUGUGUCAUUCCCAUAAUGACUAUUUCCGCGCCGAACCUCUUUACCAAGCCAUUCGGGCGGGCUGUACCAGUGUGGAAGCCGACGUCUGGCAUGUAGACGGUGAACUCUACGUCGCGCACACAAUACCCGCCAUCCGUCAGGACCGGACCCUGAAAAGCCUAUACCUAGAUCAAAUACUCGACAUCCUCGACCAUCAGAAUCGGAUCUCGCCGUGGCUCGGAUCUGUCGCAGAAGAUGAAGUCCACGGCGUUUUUGCCGCCGAUCCAAAGCAGUCGCUUACCAUGCUUGUAGACUUUAAGAACGAUCCCACGACGAUGUGGCGCCUGCUGUCGGCUGAGCUUGCUCCCCUGCGUGAACGCAAGUACUUGACCUAUUUCAACGGAACGACGGUCGUGCCUGGACCGGUCACGCUUGUCGUCUCGGGAAACGCACCGUUUGACCAUAUCGUGGCAAAUGCGACCUACCGCGAUAUUUUUUACGAUGCGCCUCUGAAUCUGAUGACGGCUUUACCUGCAGCCAUCUCUUCGGCCGAAUCGGCCUCUCCAUCGCCCUCGACCGGCGCAGAUGAUCAUGAGCAUGACAUCUCAUCUCCGCCCCAGGACCCAGACAUCUACUCUUCCGCAAAUUCUUACUCCGCUUCGGUGUCCUUCGUCAGGUCCAUCGGGUAUCCAUGGCACUCGUCCAUCUCCCAGCUCCAACUCGAACUUCUCCGAAAACAGAUCCGCGGCGCCCACGCCCGCGGCCUCAAGGUUCGAUACUGGGGCGUCCCACCCUGGCCGAUUGGCGUGCGGAACUAUAUCUGGCGCGUACUGGUCCGGGAGGGCGUCGACUACCUGAGCGUCGACAACAUUGACGCUGCAACAAAGGAGGAUUGGGGUCCAAGGAAAGGUGGAUGGGGCAAGAAAUGGUGGCGGUAG